CGUAAUCUCCGGCGGCGACGGCGGCGCAUGGCGACCCUAGGACGUGCUGCUCGGGAGAAAUCAGCGGCCGAAGGCCCAGGUACCGCCCGCGCGCCCCGCAGCCCCCGGCCCCCUGGAUCGCUUCCCAACGCCCCGAGUCCUUCCGCCAUCAGAUCCCAUCCGGUCGGUCUCUGCUUAGGGCUCUCCACAUGCAGUGACACCGCUCCCGGGGAGCACCCCGAACGCCGCGGAGGCGCCGCAGCCUCCAAGAAGCAAAAGAAGAAGAAAGUCCGGGAUGGGGCCUCUGUGGCGAAUGGAGACGGGAAGGUCUCAGAAAAGCUGACCUCAGAGGAAGCGCCCCUAAGCGCGGAGGCUCAGGCGGAGCAGCUGGCCCGGGAACUGGCGUGGUGCGUGGAACAGCUGGAGCUGGGCCUCAAGAUGCAGAGACCCAGUCCGAAACAGAAAGAGCAGGCUAUUGGGGCAAUCCGAACCCUUCGCAGCGAAAGAACCCCCCUGCCCCGGAAGAGGCAGCUGAUGCACUCCUUGUUUGGGGACUACAGGGCUCAGAUGGAAGCUGAGCGGCGCGAGGCCCUUCGGGUACUCAGAACUGCAGCCCGCACAGCACAGGUGCAGCCUGUAGGUGAGGCCACCAGAAAGAAGAGUGGAAGGGUCUGCAGGCCUCGCCAGGCAGGAGUAGCCAAGGCCACACUGGACACUCCUGAUAAAGAGUUUAGGUUCAAUUUCUUUUAGCUUGUCUUCCAUCCUGGAACACUUUCCCUGCCCAGGUAGUAUGGGGGUUUGUCUUGAGUGCAGAGCCUUUCCAGGAAUGCUCUGUCAGACAGAUGUGGGGUUGGUCUGUCCAUGGCUGGUCAUUGGAUCUGGUGCCAUGGCUGUGGGACAGAUGUGAGACCAGCCUAUUGGGUACUGUCAGAUAAGCACAAGACCCAUUUGUAGGUUUUCAGAUGAAAUGUUCUUCCUGUCAGAAGAAGGAGGUCCGUUUAGAAAAGCUUCUACAAUUCCUGAAGUGAGUGUUCAGCAUGUUGUAGAAAGAAUGUUUUACUCAGUCUUUAGGCUGAGAUUAAGCAGCUGUUUGUAGUAAGGACUAUGGAGGAAGCUGUAUAACCGUAUACUGGUGCUCGAAUGUCCUGUCAAAUGGUGUAGUGCUUUAUCUCAUAAUGUCAUGUUGCACUAAUAAAACUAUUUUUUGUAAAAA